CUCGGAUUAGAGACGAGGAAAUUUCCAGGCAUCUUUCAUUUCUACAGGGAAACCUGAACGCAGCAGAGAGACCAAUGAAUUGAGGGUGAAGAAGGAAGGACGGUGAAAACAAAAAUGGACAUCGGUCGAAAAUAACCUAACUGUCUAUGUCAGACCUCUGACUGGCUCAUCACAAAGAACCUGAGGGGAGAAAAGUCAAAGAGGCCAGAGUUCAGAACCAUGGAGGCUCGGUUUGGUAAUAUUGUGUUCAGCUCCAAGUUUGACUCAGGAAACCUCGCACGUGUGGAGAAGGUGGAGAAGGGCAGCUCCAGCCCUUCCUCUGAUACAGCUUCCAGUGGGAGUGCCCCCUCAGGGUCUACUAUUACCCCUGACUAUGAGUUCAAUGUGUGGACUCAGCCAGACUGUGCUGGUACUGAGCAUGAGAACGGAAACAGAUCAUGGUUUUACUUCAGUGUGCGGGGUGCAGCACCUGGGAAGAUACUUAAGAUCAAUGUGAUGAACAUGAAUAACCAGAGGAAGCUGUAUAGCCAGGGUAUGGCUCCUCUUGUACGCACUUUACCUGGCAAGAACCGAUGGGAAAGGAUCCGAGACAGACCCACAUCUGAGAUUGUAGAAAACCAGUUCAUUCUCUCAUUCACUCACCGGCUGUUGGAGGUGCGGGGGGCUACCACCUACUUCUCCUUCUGCUACCCAUUCUCAUACAGUGAGUGCCAGGAGAUGCUGCAGCAGUUGGAUGAGAGCUACCCCAAUGCUGCUAAACUCAGUCCAAUCAGUGCACCGGGCAGUGUGUAUUAUCAUCGCGAGUUGCUGUGCCACUCUCUGGAUGGCAAUAGGGUGGACCUGCUCACUGUGACCAACUGCAACGGGAUGCACGAAGAGAGAGAACCCCGGCUGCCUAAGCUGUUUCCCGACAACAACACUCCAAGACCACAUCGCUUUUCCAGCAAAAGGGUGUUUUUCCUCAGCAGUCGGGUACACCCAGGGGAGACGCCCUCAUCCUUUGUGUUUAAUGGUUUCCUAAACUUUAUCCUAAGAAGAGAUGACCCACGUGCUCAUGCACUUCGAAACAUGUUUGUGUUCAAGCUCAUUCCUAUGCUCAAUCCAGACGGGGUUGUACGUGGACAUUACAGGACUGAUUCCAGAGGAGUGAACUUGAACAGACAAUACCUGAACCCCAGCCCCGAGCUGCACCCAUCCAUCUAUGGAGCCAAAACACUGUUGCUCUACCACCACAUGCACAACCGCUUGCACAUUACACAAUCCGGCACUCACUUUAACAGCCCUUCACACACGCAGACCACGCCCCUGAACAUCAAACCCGCCAAUCAGCAUCAAGCCCCUCCCCUCACCGCCCUUGACGUCAGCGUGAACCAACAAACGGUAGAGAAGGAAGAAAAUCCUGCACAGCCCGAAGUUCCCAUGGUGAUGGAAGAAAAUGUCUGGGUUACCACAGAGACAGGGAAAGGAGACCAGAACAGUUCAUCAAUCUCUUCAGAGACUGUAGCCCCUGUUACUGUAGAGGUAACAGUCCCACAGGUGGAGGAACAGGAAUCAAUUCCACCCCAGGAGGGAGGCGUGGCAUAUUAUGUGGACUUACAUGGCCACGCCUCCAAACGUGGAUGUUUCAUGUAUGGAAACAGCCUUCCCAAUGAGAGCCAGCAGGUAGAAAACAUGCUGUACCCAAGGCUGAUCGCUGUGAACUCUGCCCACUUUGAUUUCCUUGGCUGUAACUUCUCAGAGAAAAACAUGUAUGCACGAGACAAGAGAGAUGGGCAGUCCAAAGAAGGCAGCGGGCGAGUGGCCAUUCACAAGGCCAUAGGGCUGCUUCACAGCUACACUCUGGAGUGCAACUACAACACAGGAAAAAGCAUGAACACCAUUCCACCUGCCUGCCAUGACAACGGACGGGCAACCCCUCCUCCACCUCCAUCAUUCCCUCCAAAAUACACUCCAGAAAUAUUUGAACAGGUGGGGCGUGCCGUGGCUGUCUCAGCCCUGGAUAUGGCAGAGUGUAACCCCUGGCCAAGACUGGUUCUGUCGGAGCACAGCUGCCUGACAAAUCUCCGAGCCUGGAUCCUCAAACACGUACGCAACACUAAAGGCCUGAACACACACAUCCACUCUCACCCUCCACCAAGAAUACACCACAAUGGCAGCAAGGCUUCACCGCCAAAGAAUUUCAACAACUGUCUGUCUGGUUCAGCUUCGGAGAACACCCUCAGCCGCAUUCGCUGCAACAGCCACAGUAGCAGCAGCCAGACACCCUCCCCAAAGAUGCACAGCUCUCCGAGCUUUACUUUUGGCUGCCCCCCACCCAGAACUCACACGCAGCACAACAGCACACACACAAGUGGACGUGGAGGCAACAAGACACUCGGGCCAGUCAGGGACCCUAAGCCUCAGGAGAAGAGACGUCCCCCCCACCACCGCUCCAUCCUACGGUCCCCCAGCAACAGCCACACACCCUUACGUCCCCCACUCUCACCCCCUUCCUCCUCCUCCUCCUCGUCUUCCUCAGUGUGUGCUGCGGGCUCCUGUCCCCUCCCGGCCUCCGUCAGUAUGACAGGCCUCAGCUGUCCAGACUUUCAGGCUGGUGGACACAGUUCAGAGGGCUGGUCCAGAAUGCCUUUCCCCACGCGUCCUGGACGUGUGGGGAGAGGGUGCCGAACUCAUCACUCCACAGAGACCCGUACAGAGACUGCUAAAGGGUUGGCGCCUGAACACAUCCUUUCCUCCAUCAAAUUUAGCAAGUGUGAACUACAGCCUCAUAUAAGCCGCAUCCCCAUCCGGAGGUUGGGAUCAACUGACACCUCUUCCACACGCGACAGUAAAACGACCCCUGUUAGCAAUAAUCCAGAGGAGUCACCCUCCAUGAAGGUGUGGAAGCUGCUCAAACCAGGCCUCCACAGACACCUGUCACUCUCAGGUGUGUCGGGGAAAGACGGUGCCAUGCAGCUGGCCUCUAAGGCACUAAUGAAGAAGGGCACUGACAGGAGUUUACACUAUAAAGGAAAUGCUAUCAUAGAAACUUCACCAGAGAUGGAUGAAACACUGCAACAGGUUGAGGAAACUCCGGCGAUGCCGCUGCCUGAGCCUGUGAACAUGCGUGAGACAGUGACCCUGUGUGGAGAAGCUUAGGAACUGCACAGUAGAGGAGACACUUCGUAUAUCUGUAUUUCUUAAUGUGAGCCUAAAUCACAAUGUUGUGAUCACAGCCAGGUAGAUCUUGAUAACAAGGAGGGCAUUGUCAUCACAGGAGGAUUAUUUGGGGCAUCCUAAUGUGCAAUAUAUCAUUUUUAUCUUUAUUUAUUCAGUUUCCAGAGCAUGCAUGAUGUAUUCAACCAUGCUGUUCGACAUAGUUAUAACUGCCCAGUACAAACAUUGAGUAGCUUUACUGGAGCAGCUGGGGGUUCAGUGCCUUGCUCAAUGACACCACAGCAGUGGUUGAGGUAGGGGAGAGGCACACACUUUCCCCAUCCCAGUUUUACAACUCAUCAAAAUCCAGUGACUUGAAAUAUCUUUAAACAUUUCAGCUUCUAUCACUGUACCUCACAUUUGUGUUUUUAUAAUUUUAGUUCUGUCUUCUGCCGCUUGUUCCCACAAAAAGGCAGUAGGUGCACUCUGACCAAUACUGUUAUGCACUGAUAGAUAUACUAUAUGUUUUCAGUCAGCCACUUGUACUCUUACAGCAAAGGUUGACUUUUAUUCCAGCUGACACGCACAACAGCACCUUUAGCGCCCCCUUUAUUUCCUUUUGUGUGUUUAGAAACAAAUGUGUGAGAAGUGUGUAUUUAAUGUAAUUAUUCCAGAAGUUGUUUGUGCUUUGCCUAUAAUGCCCAUAAAAGGGAGUCAACCCCUGUUG